UAAAACGGGCACACAGGCCUGUCCUGAGCAUUACAGGAGGUAGUGAAUGUAGAGCCUCGGUGUCUGAGGAUGCAUUAGUUCUCUAAGGAAAGGGGGAGAUGAGUACAAUAUUCUCUCACCUAUCCGCAGUUUCACUUACCUGUGGUCUGAAAAUAUUAAGUGGAAAACUCGAGAAAUAAACAAUUGGUAAGUUUUAAAUUGUGAGGUGUGAGUAGCGUGAUGAAUCUCGCGCCAUCCCCCUCCUUCUGGUCCUAAACGUGAAUCAUCCUUUUUGUACAAUGAUUCCAUACUGUAUGUGCUACCGACUCAGUGGUCACUUAACAGCCAUCAUCUAAGUUAUCAGAUGCUGCACUGCGGUGCUUGUGCUCAGGCAACUUUUAUUUUAGUUAGUAGUAGGCCCCAAGCCCAAGAUGAGUGAUGCUGGCAAUUUGGAUAUGCCCAAGACAAGCCAAAAAGUCCUUCCUCUAAGCUGACUUACUAAGGAAAGAAAAUAAAGUAUGUUGAGGUUGCUAAAAUCUAUGGUAGGAAUGAAUCUCCUGUCCGUGAAAUUGUGAAGAAGAAAGUCCUGCUGUCAUGCCUCAGCUUGCGAAAGUUACAGUCACAGCGUGUGAAAUUGGCUGUAAAGAGUGGUGAGUCAGAGACCUCAAGCAGCAGGUGGCUUGGGCCAUGGCCUCCGACCUAGACUUCUCACCUCCUGAGGUGCCUGAGCCUACCUUCCUGGAGAACCUUCUACGGUACGGACUCUUCCUGGGGGCCAUCUUCCAGCUCAUCUGUGUGUUGGCCAUCAUCGUACCCAUUCCCAAGUCCCAUGAGGUGGAGGCAGAACCAUCUGAGCCCCGAGGUGCAGAGGUGACAAAAAAGCCCAAGGCUGCUGUUCCUUCUGCCAACAAGAGGCCAAAGAAGGAGACCAAGAAGAAGCGGUAGAAGUGGAGGAGCCAUGAGGGCCUUGGGGAGCCCACCCGGGAGUCAAUAUCUGUUUCCUUUCUGCAUCCCAGGAUCAGGUCUGAGGUGGCUGUCAUGCCCUCUGACCACAGAGAGCUGGACAGUCAUGGCAUCCCAAAGCUCCAGCUGGACAGACCACUACUUCCUCUUCCUGCUGCCUCAGUGGUGGUUUAGAGUCAGGGUACUGAAAGGCCUGCGAGCACGCCCUGCGCUGAGAGGGUUUCUCAGGAGCCAGGUGAGCCCACAGUUACGUCUUCAUACGUGAUCAUCAGAUCCAGACAGUUUCCCCCGCUGUGGAUUCACAUUAGGUUUGGAGUCGUCGUCUCAAGCAGACAGGCACACCCUCUGCCAUUGCUGUGAACUGCAGGUCUCCACGGCUCACUCAGCAUCUUUGUUUCUCCUGUGUGAAUGGAGCCAGGCCUCACCUGUGAGCUUAGGUCAGGACAUCGUGGCCAUGCAAUGAUAGUCUCUCAUUGGCUGCAACAACCAGGUCCUAAAGAUGCCUGGUGCAAGAGUCCCAGAAGGCCUGAGCCAGAGGAACACCUGAGUUCUCCUCUAGCAUGUGGAAGGGAAUUGACUAAAUGAGUUUAUAUUUCUUGAGCAUAAACAUUCUGAGUUCCUGAAAUAGUAGGCUUGUCAAUGUCAGACCAACCUGUUUUCAACCCUUCCUGACACAUUCAAGGUGUGCCUUUGACUUCUACCUGUACCUCCCCCUCCCUGUCAGUUCUUUCAUCCCCUGACCAUUAAGGAAACGUUAUUUGAGGAAGUAAAGGUCAAUAAAUGGUUCCAUAUGCUGAA